GGCGGGACUUCCCGGCUGCCUUAGCGGCAGGCUAAUGGCGGCGGUGGCGCGGUGACGGUUCUAAAUUGAAGAGAAAAUGUCACUUUACGAUGACUUGGGAGUUGAGACCAGCGAUUCUAAAACAGAAGGCUGGUCCAAAAAUUUCAAACUACUACAGUCUCAAUUGCAGGUGAAGAAAGCAGCUCUCACACAAGCAAAGAGUCAAAGAACAAAACAAACAACAGUCCUUGCUCCAGUGAUUGACCUGAAACGAGGUAGCUCUUCUGAUGAGAGACAGAUUGUGGACACACCUCCUCAUGUAGCAGCUGGGUUAAAGGAUCCUGUACCUAGUGGUUUUUCUGCAGGAGAUGUGUUGAUUCCUUUGGCAGAUGAGUAUGAUCCUAUGUUCCCAAACGACUACGAAAAAGUGGUGAAACGUCAAAGAGAGGAACGACAGAGGCAGCGUGAGCUGGAGAGGCAAAAGGAGAUUGAAGAAAGAGAAAAAAGACGUAAAGACAGACAUGAAGCCAGUGGGUUUUCAAGACGACCAGAUCCAGAUUCUGAUGAAGAUGAAGAUUAUGAAAGGGAGAGACGAAAAAGAAGUAUGGGAGGAGCUGCCAUUGCACCACCCACUUCUCUUGUUGAGAAGGACAAAGAACCUGUAGCAUCAUUUCCAUUUGAAGAGGAGUCGAGACCUCGGGCACCAUCUUCCAAAGCAGCUAUUCCUCCUCCAGUGUAUGAUGAGCCAGAAAGACCUCGUUCCCCCACGGGACCUAGCAACUCUUUCCUUGCCAACAUGGGCGGGACAGUAGCUCAUAAAAUCAUGCAGAAGUAUGGUUUCAGAGAGGGCCAGGGGCUGGGAAAGCAUGAACAGGGGCUGAGCACAGCACUGUCAGUAGAGAAAACAAGCAAGAGAGGUGGCAAGAUCAUUGUUGGCGAUUCUACAGAGAAAGAAACAGGCAAGAAAGCAGAUUCUAACCCACUGACCGAGAUACUGAAAUGCCCAACUAAAGUGGUCUUACUAAGGAACAUGGUAGGUGCUGGGGAGGUGGACGAAGAUCUAGAAGUUGAAACUAAGGAGGAAUGCGAGAAAUACGGCAAGGUUGGGAAAUGUGUCAUCUUUGAGAUUCCUGGUGCCCCUGAUGAUGAAGCUGUAAGAAUAUUUUUAGAGUUUGAACGGGUUGAAUCUGCCAUCAAAGCUGUAGUGGAUCUAAACGGAAGAUACUUUGGAGGCCGAGUUGUGAAGGCUUGUUUCUACAACCUGGACAAGUUCAGAGUACUGGAUCUGGCAGAGCAAGUUUGAUUUUAAAAAUCUAGCUCGAGGUGUCACUGUUUUGGCAAUCAUGUUUUCAGUGGUAGGCUGGGAAUAAAGAAGAGAAAAGUAGCUUUCCUAGCAAACUGGAAACAAGCCUCAUUGAAUGGAUUUUUCGCAUUCGUUGUGACUUAUGUUUUUUGUAAUAUAAAGCCCUUUGAAAGUAAGAUUCACGUCUGUGUGUUUUUGAAUUGCACAAUUCUGCUUAUUGCUCUGGGGAUCCUGUUUUUUUGAGCUUUCAGAUGACUUCGUUCUAUUGAAAACCCACUGCUGAGGAGAUGCUUUCUCUGUAUUCCUGCUUUCCUUGUUCUGGUGCUUCAUCAUGGAGUCCCUGUGCUGCAUCCACAAUAAGUGGGAAGCUUUGGAAAAGGACUGUGUGCUGUCAUGCUUCUCUUCCCUGGUGGUAUCUCUCAGAGUUACAGCCUUGCUCUCGUAAGUCCUGUCUGUGCGCCAGAGUGAUUUGGGGUCGUUGGACAGUUGGCAGCUAGCUUGUUCUCUCCUGACUCCAGGACAAUACUUUCUAUGCCAGAAUGGAGACUAAAGUAACAAGGAAUGAGUCUGUCUUUCUUCCCAAAUCCAAAGAAAAUACGCGUUUAACCCAGGGAAAUGGAAGGAGGAAGGAAUUUGAAAUGCUUAGCCAUUUGAAUUGGAAUGAGUGGACUGUUAGCAGGAGCUCUGUGCUGUCAGGCAGUCUUUGCUAGAAAUAUUCAGGGUUAACUAAUUACAGGUCGUUAUUGAAAUGCUAUAGGUAGAACUGAGGGAAACUCAUUCUUGUAUCUGGCCAGCUAUCAGAUUCUCACUUCCUCUAACGUCACACAUAAGUAACUAACUUUUUGUUUAAUUGAUUCAAAUCUGGCAUUUGUUUGCUCUCUAUGUAUUUCUGUAUUUGAGGUCAAAUAACAUCAAGGUUAGACUUUUUUUUUUUUUUUUUGAGAAGGAGCGCCAGUGGAAGUUUUCAAAGUAGGAGGCCAUGGAAGAAAAUUCUCGUAUGAAAAUCUGAACUACUAAACACUACAACUUACAACUCUUUUUGGCUUGUUUUUUUUUUGUUUGGUUUUUUUUUUUAAAUCUGCUGUAAAAUAAUACAUAGCACUCUGCUCCUGUUUUUAUAUUUGCUUUUUGUUUGGGAACAGCAUGUGACAAAGCAUUGGCAAGAGGUGGUGAUGCAAUGAUGGCAGUUGUCUCUGUGCUCCAUUGCACCUAGAAUUGUACAGAUUUUAAAAUGGAAGUGAGCUCUGGGGGCAUUUUAGCUGUUUAAAAGCUGAUGCUGGGUGUCUUUUUCCUGUUACACACAUGUAUUGGGGGAGGGGGUAUAGACCUGUAGUUGAUCAACGCUGUGAAUAUCUCCAGUUAUUGCCCCUCUAUUAAGUUUUGGCUGCAGAUCUAUAUGACAAACCCUUGGUCUUGUGUUUUUGUCUGCUUGUGUUCCACCAACCUCUGUACAAACAUUUGCUUGUAAAACAGAAAAACAAUUUUUAAAAAAAAAAACACUUGUAUUUUACCUACUGUGUGUUGGCUUCCUUACUAUCCUCUUCUGUUGCACAAGGUCGUCCCAUGGAGUCAGUCCCUUCUACAGCACGUGUGCUGCUGUUGGCAAUAGCUGGAUCCACCGUUAGAAAACCUCCCUGCAGCAGAGGUGAAGAAGUGGCCUGACUAAUACUAAAACCACAGGACUUGGGGCAAUAACAUAAUCCAACUUCUGUUAUUGGCUCUGCUGUUAGUUUUCUGCUUGACCUUGAGCAACACUGUAAGGGCUUUGCUACUAUGUAGUAAAACAAAGAAAUUAGUGUAAUAUGAAUUAGCAUGGAUUUGCUUAUGAGAGUCAAAUAAUUUGAGCAGCAUGCUGUAGAAAGUUAAGCGCUGAUAACUCAUUUAGUAUUACCUGAACUUAGCUGGAAAUACGACUUGGCUUUAAGCAACAUGAUUUAUUCAUGACUUAUUUCACCAAAUACUACUGUUCCGAGUGACUAGCUGUAAGCAUUUCUUAAGCUAUACAGACUGUUUUCUGUGUCUGCUGACCAGCUGUUCUGCUGUUUUCUCUGUAAUACCAGCUUCUGAGCUUCCAGCUUGAUGAUUUGAAGGUCUUCCGUUUGCUGAGAAUUGUUUUACUGGCAAGUUUUGAACCAUUUAGUUCAAAAAAUCCUUAUUGUUGAAGACUUAUGGGUGAAGUUUGCGCAGGGGAGAUGGCUUGUUCAUUUAGUGCUUUGUGUAGGAGAUUCAUGCUAUAAAUAAAGUAUUUUUCUGUACUGUGGAGUCACUAAGACAGCGUAAGCAUACCUCCUUCUAAAGCGUUAGCGGACCUACAUUGCCUUAGUUUCAUCUCUUUGUGGGUACUCGCUUUGGUGGGCGCUGUACAAAUGCGUGCCACCGGAGCCUGAUUUGUGAGCAGUUGUCCUCUAGGUGUUGCCACAGUAAAUGCAAACACCUACAGAGGUGCGGAAACCUGAAAAGGGUCAGACGUACUGAAGGAGGUCCUUAGACAGACCUUACUUAUCACAUCAUGUAAUCGGUAGCAAGUAUUUUUUUUGCAAAUGCAUGUUCUUCCACUUAGCCUGUGUUGAUGUGUUGGCUCAGGCUUUCUCAGGUAUGACUGUACUUUGCAUGUCUUUAAAAAUUUAGUUCUGAAUUUACUUCUCUACUUCCUGCCUCCUCUGGAAAUUUGUUACUGACCUUUUUCUAUUUCUAGUGGUUUCUCAAAUUACUUUUUAUUUAACACCUCCAGCUCUUCCUGCUUACACAUCCAGGUUUUUUUUUUUCCUUCCGUGAUUCAUCAGUGCCCUCUCAAAAGGCUCAGCAGAACUUUGGAGUUCUUCAUUGCAGCUACAAAGUUUUACUUGUUUGUUUGGUUUUGCAUACUUUUGUGCCCCCACCUUUUUCUGUAAGUACACACUUUUAACUGUGGUCUGAAGCAAUGAUAUUUUUGUUUCUCUUCUUGUGUGGUGCCUUAAAAGGUUACACUUUUACAGCAAAUGGAGAGAAUGGUGGGCUGUUAAGAUACAUUUGCUUUAUUGGCAGUACAAUAUUGGUUAUACCACUUCAGAUGAAGCAUUUUGGUAUUUUUCAGACUUGAUUUCCUAAAGUUAAGCUUUAAUUGCGUGUUUUAAAUACACAUGUAAUUACUCUGAUUCUCUAAUGUGCUGAAUAACUGAAUCUCCUCUCAGGCUAAGUAUGAACUGCUCAUUACUUCUGAGACUCUAGAUUAGAUGACUGCUUAAGAGAGAUUUGACAGCGUCCUGAAGCUAACAGCAAGGUGAGAGGGACGUGUGGGACGUGUCAGCCCGGAGCUGAACGAGGUGUCCCUAGUGCGUUAUCAACCCUGAAGUCUUAUGAAUAAGGAUUUGCAUAGUGGCAUAACCAUUUGCUGCCUUGUUCUCUUCCUAAUUAACACUGGCUGCUAUUUUAACAGCAGGGAAAUAUUGACUUGAUGCUUUCGUAGUUGUUAUAACCCCAAGGUUUCAUUCCUGAGUGGUAACAGCUAUUUCAGAGCCCAUCGUUAUGCACAUAGGUUAUGAUUGUAUUUUCUUGCGUGUGCUGUUCUGUGCUUAACCUGUGUUGAAUUUCAGCUGUCAGUUUAUCACUUGCCUACUGGGUGUCAGACUGAAGAAAUCUGAUGAGAUGGAGCUCACAGGGAACAUUUUUAACGUUACUGUUGUCGAAAUCUAAGCUUGCUUUGCCAAUUUUAUAUGGAAGGUGAGAGUUGCUGCCUCAACGACCUUGCUGGCUGAAUAGCCAUGUGUGUGAAGAGGGAGGGAGACACGUACGAAAAGUGUCUUGCGCAAGGUCAUGCAGAAGGUUGGUUGGAGAAUCGGGAUGACACCCUAUUGCCCUGUACUUGAAACAAUGCAACCAAAACCCAUAUUCUUUGUGGAGUUGCUCUUUAUUUUAACAGCAGAGAAUGGCAAGUGCUUUUAGUCUUGAACUUUGGACUGUGAGGUGAAUUCAGCUGAGAAGAUGUAAUUUCUGUACUGCAGUCUGUGUAAGUGCAUUUUUAAGGUAUUUCCUUCUUGUCCUUUUCUUUUUAGCAUCAGGAACUAAAGAGAUCCCAAAGCACGGGGAUUCGUGCUGUGUUUCGUUCUUGUUAGUACAGAAAUGUAAGAGCACAGCCUUAUGUCUUAUAUCCAAACAGUGUCAGCACAUCCGAAGCUUUCAGCCCUGUAGAUGUGGGUAGCGGGGGACAGGAGACAAAAGCUCUGCUCCUGCCGGAACAUGUCCCCUCUGCAGGACAUCCCACUGCCCCAGUUUGGUAGGUCUGAAGGCUGGUGCUUGCCUGCCCAUCUCCCAGCAGUUGUAGCACGCUCUCUCCAGCCCUGCAUUUGGUUUACAAGAUAAACCAGCUAACGUUGGGGAUGGCUAAAGCAGGCACUGGAGACUUUGCAAGGAUGCUUUAAGCAGCACAUGCUUUACUUGCUGAUAAAGCCCAAGACGACCUCAGCUAUAUAGAAAACAAGGUUUUGGCCAAGAAGACGGCUAACGCAUUCUGUCUUUCUAUUCUGCUUCUUAUUCCUCCUGUAGGAAGAAUGUGGGUUGGUUUUUUUUCCAAAGCAGUUUUUAAGCAUCUUGGCACUUCAUAGCCCUUGAGUUGUUUUUCCUCUCCCAGUCUCUAAGGUGUGAUCUCUACUCUCCAUUUGAGAGCUUGCAGCAAGUCAACAGCUCAGGAAUCCGUGUGGUCCUGCCAAGACAAAGGUCUUCAACUCAUCACAGAUUUCUCCACCUUUUGCCGCGGGCAGAAAGCUGGGUAGCUUUUUUGGACUUCCCUGCUUUGAACUUGUAAAACUAGUAUAGCAACUGUGAACCAAAACUCAAAUGAUACUCUAGCAAAACACACAAAGCUCCUCCAGCACUCGCUCCUCUUGUGAGGAUGGGAAGAGAAAAUUGGUGGGGUUUGUGUUGGUUGAGGCACUUCAGGAAAAUGCUGGGACUCUGCAAUUCUAGUGAUGGCAGAGUUGCCACUGGGAGAGGAAAUAUGGCCUGGAGCAGUUCCCAGUGGCUCUUCACUCUUUGUAGGAGAGGGUGAUGUACUUAUCCAUCAAAAAUUAAAGACCUUUCUGGGGAAGUAAUUAUAUAGCAAUGAAGUGUUUUCAAACCAGGAUCUGGGUAUUUGCUUCAAGCACAAAUUUCAGAAGAAUACUCAGGAGCGUGCAGCCCAUCUGCCUGUACUGCACCGGUUAAAGCUCUGCACAUUGUCCCAUAAAACACAAUGCAGUUGCUUCCACAGAUGCUGUCCCAGGAGUACCACAUUCACCUGGAAGGGCUCAGCUCUUUGGAGGAAGCCAGGAAUUUAGGAAUAUUUCCCAAUAAGGAAAUCAAGUGGGUGUGUGGUAGCAGCUUAAAGCCGUGGAAAUCCAUGGAGUGGGGAGACUGAGUUUCCUGCACGGGAAGAGCAAAAUCACAUUUAGACACCUGCAGGAGCAGGCAGCUGCAGAAAAGCCACCACGGUACGCAUUUGACAGCGAGUGGUGCUGCUGCAGUAAUUACUGUCUGGUUCCUUACUUGGACUUUUGUCUCCAAAACCCAGGACUCCAAACUCCAAAACCUGUGCAAAACAGGACACCAAGACCCAGAGCUGUACAAGGGACAAAGAGCACCUGGUCCUAAGUCUUUGACCUGCAUCUCUCUAAUCCAAUUUUGUCUCGACACCUUUGUAGAGCACCUAAUCUUUGUGAUAUGAAGAUGCCAGCUCUAAUACCAGAGGUAAAGAUGUCUCUGCUUCCCUUAGAAAUACUGAGCAGCUUGCGCCGGCAGAGCAUCCCAUCUCCCGUGCCCCUUGGUACAAAGCCUGGCUGGGUGCAAGAUGGGAAAGGCAAGUUAAAUCUCUGUCUUGGACAAAGAGGGGUUUUCUGGGGUUAAGGAUGAAGCUGAGGGCUGCAGUCACAGCAUCUUAACCAAAUAUGUGUUUUAAACCUGGUAGAAAGGUAAAAGGACUCUUCACGAGAUCAUUUCUAACUAAACAGCCUCACUAAAAUAUUAAUGCUCAUUAAAUCAUGCUUUUCCUUCUUUUGGAGACAGCUUCCUACAGGACAUGGCUGGGAAAGGUGCCCAUGAACAUCGCUGCUGCCGGUGCCUCUCCCAUGGAAAGCAGCGCUUGGGAAGAUCUUGAGAAGUCAUCUGGACCAUCCCUCAGCCCUAGGGCAGGAUCAGCACUGGCUAAGACUGUUCCCAGCCUGUUUGCCCAACCUGUUCCUAAAACCCCAAGUGAUGCUGAGACACCCACCAGCCUCUCUGAUCAUGCAGCCCUCCUCGUUUCACUGUUCUGGACCGCAUUCAUAAAUGAAACUGGUUCAGUUUCAUCUAAACGUCUUUUUGGGACCAGCUUGCUUCUUAGUGUUUUUCUUUUUUUUAAUUAUUGUUAUUACUUUUACAUUGUUGAACAGUAAGCGGUGAGAAUCCUGGUUCACCAGAAAUCCCCAGACUAUGAAGGCUUACCUGUUUAUUUAAACUGCCUGGCACCACUUAGCUGCCCGAGGUGCUCUCUGUGAGUGAAAACCAAUAAUAUCUAAUACAGGGAAUGAGGUAUCAAGAUGCACCAACUCUUACAAUGGCCUUGGCUGGAGCUUGGAAGCUGCUUUCUAGAAAUUGCCCAUGGGUAAAACAGAGAACAGAUGUGUGGAGACCAAGGAUGGUCCCAUCUGAGAUCUUUCUAGCCCAACGCACAGAGCGACUGGAGCAAAUCCCAGUUAUCAACCAGACGCUUUAUUCACUUUGAUUUCCUGGGGACCAGUUUCAAUGGAGGAUGUAUCUUGUAAGUCUCUUCCCUUGAAGAGAUGCUGGGCCUCAGGUGACUGGCCUUGGUUUUGCCCAUGGGAUGCAGGGCAGAAGCAGGAGCUUCACUGCUGAGAAGGCACCUUUUAAAUCCCAAAAUGCUCCUGGAGCAGCAGGAGCAGCUCACCUGCUCACCCACUCACCCGCCCUGAGGGUGGGCGCUUGCCCAGGGGUUACUUAAACCUUUGUGCCAUUUCAGCCAAGGGGGUGGCAAAGCCCCUCUGCCUCCCUGACCAGGUGAUGGAAGCAUCUUAACGGGAUCCUUAACCACCAGCCUCUAAUACAGGACUCGAUCACACCUACGAUGCUCUGAGAAGCUCCUACCACAAAAUUUUCGGAGCUGAACUGACAGCGUCCAGGAAAGAUUACUGUUGCAGAGAAAAAACCAGCCAAAGAGUUAGGCACCUUCCAAGCUAUGCAGGCACUGAGCAGGAUGUUAUAGACAACAAAUUUGGACAUGAGCAUCCAGACAUGGAUUUUGAUGGACAUGACACCCAAGUUCAUUCUUUGCUCUAACCCUGAGUAUAUUGCGUUAUGUUUCUUUUGCCAAGACCUGGAAUUCUGUGCUGGAAAUAUUCUUCCAGAGAUGAACUGCUGAUCCUCGUUUAUCCCGGGUAAUAAAACUGUAAAAACCUC